AUGACAGCGCAGAUGGCCCGCCUACAAGAACAGGUUGAUACCCUCUACCAGAACAUGAACGCCCUCCGCUCCGAAACCCUGCGUCUGGCCCCCAUCCAGGACAAAGUAUUGCCUCUCCCCUCGAGCACAGUUCAGGCCUCCCCGGCAAGCUCGCUGUCUCCCCUCCACCGGCCUGAGUUGACCCAACUCAAGCAGGCAUCCUUCCGCGGCCCUACGAGCAUGGCCUUCAGUCUUGACGUCGCAAACACCACCAUCCACAACAUGGGCUACAAGGGCAUAGGGGAUGGCGACGGUCAGAGCACGCCGCUUGGGGUACCCGAGGAGAGUCCUUUCCGCAUGGCUCCCCAAGAGAGCCAAGUCGACCCAUUGUGGGACUUUGGCAAGGAUGAGAUGAUUCGCUUGUGUCGGUUGCAUGAGGAAGAAGUCGGCAUCAUGUAUCCUGUCAUCAAGAUACAGUCUGUCAUCGAGCAUGUCCGCCACCUGACGGCUUUUAUGGACUCGGCCAGGAAGCAGGGCCUUACACCCAGUCUCAAUGAUGAGAAGACGCUCCAGCUCAAGAUUGUCAUGAGCUGUGCUCUGGUUGUAGAAGAGCACGGACACAGCGAAAAGGCAUGCAAGCUGAUUGACAGCAUGGAGGCUGUACUCAACCGCAAGCUUAUGGUCGAGGCAGUUGACUUUGUAAGCCUUCCGGCGUUGGCCCUUCUUGCUGGGUACAGAUUCUUGGCCAGCGAAGAGAUCCUCGCGUGGAGAGUCAUGGGCCAGGUUACCAGGUUAUGCCUGGAGAUGGGCAUCCACCGAACAACUGGCAUCGCCAAGAUUCGAAAUGAAGAGGACAGAAAGAACGCUCUGAAUAGUUUCUGGUCAGCCUACGUUUUGGAUCGGAGGUGGGCUUUUAACACAGGCCUCCCGUUCGUGGUUUCAGAUGAGGAGAUUGACCCAGAGCUACCCAUGCCCGAAGAGUAUCCGUAUCUUGUCGCCAUGAUCACCUACUCAAGGUUGGGAGCCAAGGUCUGGCGCCAGGUUGCUCACUUCGGGCCUGUUCUGGCCCGCGAGCUUCGACACGAGGACAUGGAGCAGCUAGAUAAGGAGAUUCUGCAGUGGUAUGAGAACGUCCCUGAAGAGGUCAAGCUUCGUAACUGGGACAAGGAGAAGCAAAUGACGUCGACUCCGUCGUAUAACCUGCAGCGACUGCGUAUCUGGACAUAUCUUCGUUUCAACCAGAUCCGCAUUUGGCUAUACACACCGAUCCUUCACAGUGCCACCAGCAUCAUGAGCCAUUUUGUUCAGGCUCAACGUGUUGUCGACCUCGCAAAAGAUACCAUUCGUUAUCUUAGCCACCUCAACAAUACCACGAACCUUUACCGCAAGAUCCAGGUUUUCUACCAUCAAUUUCUCACGUCGGCGAUAUCUGUCCUAUUCUUGGCUUCAGUUCAUGCGCCAGUGAGGUUCAGCCCUACUUGCCGCGAGGAGUUUUACAUGGGUCUGGAGCUUGUCAAAGAUCUUUCGGCCAAAAGCUGGGUGUCGCAACGGCUGUGGCGCACAAUCAGUUCGCUCAAGGAGGUCGCGCCAAGCAUCGGUUUGCGCAACCAGCCGGACGAGGAUGCCCACAGCUCGGCGGCCCUGACUAUGGCCGGCUUGGCUAGCGGACGCAUGUCGACCAGUCCAGCUACAAUUGCUCCUUUUGGUCGUUCUUCUGUCUCUACGACGCCCACGAUACCUCAACAACAAACGCCCAAUUUGGAGACGGCGCAAUCACCGAACAACGGAGUUCGCAUUCAAAACGAAAUGAGCCGCAUUUUCGAGGGCUACAUGGGGCUUAACGGCUUUGCAUCCGGGGGCGACGAUGGCUUUGGGGGACAGCAGCCGGGCGCCAACUUGCCCUCGGCAACGACUGGUGUUUCGAACCCCUACGUUGACAACGUCUUCUUCCACUUUAGGGAGAUGUUUUAG